GCUGCAAAAUUUUUGGUUUAGUGGCAGCAACAGAUUGUGUUUCAAAUCGAAAUUUGAUUUGUUGACAGCGGCAGGUGGAACUGAGACCACAGCAGUAAUGAGGAUUGUACGCUCUCCCUGUUUUUUUACUCAUUUCAUAGCCGACAGAACCAUAGACGACACUUGCUUCACCUAGCCUUGUUGUGCUGAUUUGUUUGGGAAUUGAGCCAUCAACAGAACAUCUAAGCACCUUCACAUUGGCAGCGGUCGAGAUUCUUUCAUUAAUUAACUUGAAAGACGUAGCCAAAAAUGCCGAAGUUGAGUAGCAAUGAAAUCCAUCGAACGCAGUGCGUAUAAUCCAGCUUCAUUUCACCGAUAAUGUUGAAAACUGAAAUUAACUACUUUUUUUAUGGAUUUGGAAAUGAUUGGAUUUUGCCAACUUUUGGCCAGCCCAUUUUCGUGACACUUCUAAAGACUGAAAUUGCAUGUUCGAAUUCUGGAAAUCAAAGCAAGUGGUUAAUGAGCAUGAAUGCAAACACCUUAUUAGAUCUGACCCUAUUAACUGUUUUAUUGGAUAUUCAUCGAAUAGAUUUAAUUUAAUCAAGCAACUUGGCAACAGCUAAUGAUCCUGCAGCAUUUGGAGCAACAAAAAGAUAUCGUCAGUAAUUAUCAACAAUGAUGAACUAAUUAUGACUGAGAUGAACAGACACAAAUGGCUUUGCCUCAACAAUAUCAAGAUGAAGAAGAGCAAGAGCAGCGGUUGCCUGUCUUGUUGACCACUCAUUAAAGGGUUUGGUCGCAUUUCCUAUCCCAGAAGACUGACAUUUUGAGCCAGGAGCAGCAGAAAUGUCCUACAUUUUAAAUAAACCACUUGCAACAGCUUGACCUCCAUGAAC